AUGAAGACCAGUAGGGUAUCGCAACUCGUGUGUUCAAUUUCAUCAAAUACAGCCACGGUAGAAGCGUAUCUUGAAUCUCAAGGCCUUCCUUCUCCAUCCUUCAAUGUCGACGCACCUAGAGAUUUAGGUAUUCCUCCAGAUGCCAAUGAUAUCGAAGAUGCUCGUCGAGCAGCACUUGAAGCCACUAUUGAGCUGCAAGACCUUCUGCAGGGACCGACUGCACUGUUGCGGCCUGUGACUGUGGAAGCGAUGCAUACAUUUAAGGGUUGCGAGCCGAACGAGACAGGCCACGCACUGGCGCAGAAUACCAAGGAUAAUAUGUUCGACUGGCUUGAAAAGCAUCCUGAUAAAGCGAGGCGCUUCAAUAGUGCCGUAAGCACUCUUGUUCCCUCUGGUCGAGCAGCGACAUUAUUGAAAGAGAGUUUCGACUGGAACUCUAUUGGAGAUGGGACUGUGGUCGAUGUCGGAGGCGCUUCGGGCGCAAUCAGUAUCAUGCUGGCCAAAGACUUUCCAGCAUUGAAUUUUGUGGUACAAGACCUUCCUAAAGCCCUCGAGGGUACAGCAGAGAGACUGCCGAGAGACCUGAUCCACCGGAUAAAAUUCAUGAAUCAUGACUUCUUCACGGAUCAAACAGUCGUAGCAGAUGCAUAUCUGUUGCGUGCCAUUUUUCAUAACUGGCCAGACGCAUACUGUGUCAAAAUAUUGCAAAGGCUGAUUCCCGCACUGAAGCCCGGCGCCAGGAUCAUUGUGAAUGACAGUAUUGUGCCGCCACCAGGCACGUUGUCCCUUUUGGCAGAACGGAAUGUUCGGUAA